AUGAAAUUUGAGCAUCGAUGCUUACAGUGGCUGGACGAUGGCCAUGCCAGUUUGAUGCUGGACGCCAACGAGAACCAGGAACUCGAGGAGCUUCGACAGGAGGUCAUGGCUCGCCGCGACAGCGCCAUCGUCGCCUGCAUCGUGGAGAUCGUGGUUUCGGCCGCUGCCAUGGCGCUCUAUGACCUUCGACGGACCUUGCUGGUGCCACUGGCCAAUAGCGUUUUAAUUAUACUGGCCUCCGUGGGCUUGCAUGGGGCGUUGCGCUUGGAACUUGUCAAGGUGCAGGCUCAUGGCAUUGUGACCACUGGAUUGCUCAUCGCUUGCUUGGGCAAUUUUCUUUGCGAGGAACUCUUGAGCCAUGCUGGGCUAGGGAGCAAUACCUUGCCUGGCUGGUUGGUGCUCAUCUUCCUUUGUGUACCGUACAGUUUGAACCUGGUGUGCUCGAUCAUGAGCUUGCAGCUAGGCGUGGUGACGGAACCGAUUGCGAGCCCCAGUCCCACCUCCCGCAUCCGGCCGGCUCGGAGCCUCAGCCUUUCACGGCUCUCGCCCUUCGCCACCUUGCGCCCCAGCACGGCCACCUUUGGAGGCGGACCGUUUUUGACCGAAGCGCCCCUUCCCCUCGCACCUCCCUCGCUCUCCUCGCUCUCCAGUCGGGACCUGAUGAACGAACUGGAGGCGCGUCGCGGCGAGGUGACACUACGCGACCGGCGACGCGACCGGCGGCCGGUGCUCGGGGAGGCCGAGAGGAGUACCCUGCGGAGCGGCUAUGAGGAGAUGGGGUAG